AUGGGUGAUGUCUUAAAGCAGUUUCUUUGGAAAUUGGGUAGUGGUGAUCAAAUACUAUUUGGGGAAGAUUCUUGGGUAGGUGAUGGAAUAACUCUUAAAGAUAAAUACCCAGAAUUGUAUCAAAUAUCCUCUCAAAAAUUUCAGACAGUGGAAAGCAUGGGGUCCUUUGGAGAAGCUGGUUGGGAGUGGGAAUUCUCACGGAGAAGAAAUCUUUUCGACAAUGAGUUGGGGAGAGCUUCAGCCUUUAUUGAACAGGCUACAACACUAAGCCCUAAUGCAGCUUUGAAGGAUUAUUGGGUGUGGGGAGCUGACCCAAAGGGAAUCUUUACUACUAGCACUGCCUAUCUUUGUAUUAAAGGUGAUCAGCCAAUUGGCCACCUAAAUCGUGGCUUCAGUCAGCUGUGGGAAAUCAAAGUACCUCCUAGAGCCCUAUCCUUUGCUUGGAGACUACUUUGGGAUAGGUUACCGACUAAGGAAAACUUAAUUAGAAGGCAAGUUGUAAUUGAAAAUGAUCUUUGCACCUUCUGCCAAAGCCAAGUUAAAUCUGCCUCUCAUCUCUUUUUCACUUGCAAAAAAUUUAUGCCAAUGUGGUGGGAGUUUAACUCUUGGGUCAAGGAAGACAGAGUUAUGCAUUGUAGGCCUGGGGACAAGUUCUCUCAGCACUUCUCCUUGGCUGGUUCGAGGGAUUCUAAUAGAAAGUGGAAGAUUUGGUGGAUAGCAGCUACAAUAUCUAUUUGGAACCUUAGAAAUGACAUCAUUUUUAAAAAUCAACCGUUUGUCAUCUCUAAGCUGGUGGAUAAUGCAAUCUUUCUCACCUGGUCUUGGUUGAGGGGGUGGGAAAAGGACUUUGUUGUUCCUUUUCAGCAAUGGUCCUCAUCUAUGUCUUUGGCCUUUACCUAG